AUGUCUUCAGGAGUGUUCAUUUUGGCACAAAUUUUUCCGCUGCAGCUGGAGAACGGUCAGACAGUGGAGCGCACAGUGGCUCAGUAUUUCAGAGAAAAGUACAAUCUGCAGCUGAAGUAUCCGCACCUGCCGUGUCUGCAGGUGGGGCAGGAGCAGAAGCACACCUACCUGCCCCUGGAGGUGUGUAACAUUGUAGCCGGGCAGCGCUGCAUAAAGAAGCUGACGGACAACCAGACGUCCACCAUGAUCAAAGCCACGGCCCGCUCUGCUCCAGACCGGCAGGAGGAGAUCAGCCGACUGGUGCGCAGUGCUAACUACGAGUCGGACCCGUUCGUGCAGGAGUUCCAGUUCCGGGUCCGUGAUGAGAUGGCUCAGGUGACGGGCCGCGUGCUGCCGGCCCCCAUGCUGCAGUACGGCGGCAGGGUGAGCUCUGAGCCCUUCAUGAACCGCACUGUGGCCACGCCCAGUCACGGCGUCUGGGACAUGAGGGGGAAGCAGUUCCACACCGGAGUGGAGAUCAAGAUGUGGGCCAUCGCCUGCUUCGCCACGCAGCGCCAGUGCAGAGAGGAGAUCCUCAAGAGCUUCACGGACCAGCUGAGGAAGAUCUCUAAGGAUGCUGGGAUGCCAAUCCAGGGCCAGCCGUGCUUCUGUAAAUACGCUCAGGGCGCAGACAGCGUCGAACCCAUGUUCAGACACCUCAAAAACACGUACGCGGGACUUCAGCUCAUCAUCGUCAUCCUGCCGGGAAAGACCCCAGUCUACGCUGAAGUGAAGCGAGUGGGAGACACGCUGCUGGGCAUGGCCACUCAGUGCGUUCAGGUGAAGAACGUGGUGAAGACGUCGCCUCAGACUCUGUCCAACCUCUGCCUCAAAAUCAACGUCAAACUGGGAGGAAUCAACAACAUCCUGGUCCCACAUCAACGUCCUUCAGUUUUCCAGCAGCCAAUCAUCUUCCUCGGAGCGGACGUCACUCACCCUCCUGCAGGAGAUGGGAAGAAGCCUUCCAUCGCAGCGGUGGUGGGUAGUAUGGACGCCCAUCCCAGCCGGUACUGUGCCACGGUGCGGGUGCAGAGGCCCAGGCAGGAGAUCAUCCAGGACCUGGCCUCCAUGAUCCGAGAGCUGCUAAUCCAGUUCUACAAGUCCACCAGAUACAAACCCACACGCAUCAUCUUCUACCGCGAUGGAGUGUCGGAGGGACAGUUCAGACAGGUGCUGUACUACGAGUUGUUGGCGAUCCGCGAGGCCUGUAUCAGUCUGGAGAAGGACUACCAGCCGGGGAUCACCUACAUCGUGGUUCAGAAACGUCACCACACCAGACUCUUCUGUGCCGACCGCAACGAGAGGGUCGGUCGCAGUGGGAACAUUCCUGCCGGGACCACGGUGGACACAGACAUCACCCAUCCAUACGAGUUUGACUUUUACCUCUGUAGCCACGCGGGCAUCCAGGGCACCAGUCGGCCCUCUCACUACCACGUGCUCUGGGACGAUAACUGCUUCACUGCGGACGAGUUCCAGCUGCUCACGUACCAGCUGUGCCACACGUAUGUUCGCUGCACGCGCUCCGUGUCCAUCCCCGCCCCCGCCUACUACGCCCACCUGGUGGCCUUCAGGGCGCGGUACCACCUGGUGGACAAGGAGCACGACAGUGCUGAGGGCAGUCACGUCUCGGGGCAGAGUAACGGCAGAGACCCCCAGGCCCUGGCCAAAGCCGUUCAGAUCCACCACGACACCCUGCGGACCAUGUACUUUGCCUGA